GUCACCCAGAACGUGGCCUUGAAUUGACAAUUUGGCAUUGAAUUUAUGGCAGGGGAAGUUUAUUUUAUGUUAUACCAAACCAAAAUUUCUUCAUGUCGAAUCAGCCAUGGUUGAAUUAUUUUCUUCAAGGCAAAUAUUUGAACUGAAAAUAGAUGUAGUAGGGUGUCAACUUCAUUUACAGUCUUUGGAGAAGAUCUUCGACUACCAUUUUCUCACCGUACUUUUCAAAUUCAAAAGACACCAUGAAUUUUAAAGAAAGCCAACAGGGGAAAACAUGGACCGAUGAUGAAGACAAACAUGCCCAGCAGUAUGCCAUGCAACUGGUUAGUUCAUCGGUGGUGCCCAUGGUGUUGAAAGCAUCUAUUGAACUUGGUGUGUUUGAGAUUAUACAAAGGGCUGGUCCUGGUGCGUUGCUGUCUCCUUCUCAGAUUGCAUCCCAACUACCCUCUCAGGGUAAUCCAAAAGCCCCUCUGUUCCUUGACCGACUCCUCCGGCUUCUAGCUAGCCACUCCAUUCUCACUUUCUCUCUUGUAACUAACCACCAGGACGGCCAUGUUGACAGACUCUAUGGUUUGACACCUGUUGCCAAACACUUCAUUAGAAGCCGGGGUGGAGGAUCUUUGUCUUCUUGGUUAGACUUGUAUCAACACAAAGUCACUAUAGAUUCCUGGUACCACCUGAAAGAUGCAGUCCUAGAAGGGGCGAAUCCAUUUAACAAGGCACAUGGAAUGAGUGCCGUUGAGUAUAUAAGCAUAGAUGCGAGGUUUGAAGACAUCUUCAAGGCCUCUUUUAUAGAUUACAACAAGCUGUUUGUGGAAGAGAUGUUGAAAAGCUACCAGGGUUUCGAUGGCUUGAAUGUAUUGGUAGACGUUGGUGGCGGCAACGGUUUUAUUCUCCACGAGAUCGUUUCCAAGUACCCUACUAUUAAGGGUAUUAACUUUGAUCUGCCACAGGUUAUUGACAAGUCACCCUCCUAUCCUGGAAUUGAACAUGUGGCUGGAAAUAUGUUCAAGAGUGUACCAAAAGGAGACGCCAUUUUUAUGAAGUGGAUACUCGAGCAUUUGGACGACAAGCAAUGCCUGAUGUUACUUAAGAACUGCUAUGAAGCAUUACCGGUGAAUGGGAAAGUGAUAGUAGUGGAUGCGGUAAUCCCUGAAAGCCCUGAUGCCAACCCCUUACAUAAAAGCGUGUAUCAGUUUGAUUUUCUCUCGAUGGGCAUGAAUGAAACCGGAAAGGAAAGGACAGAAAAAGAAUCUGAGAACUUAGCAGAGGGAGCAGGCUUUUCCCGUUUUCGAGUGGCGUGUUGUGCCUAUGGUUUUUCGGUCAUGGAGUUCUACAAAAACAUGUGAGAUUUGGUUGAACAGAGGUUAAGCGUGACAAUGUUUCAAAUGUUACAAUGAUCUUUGUAACACCAUAUAACAACAAAUUAUAAUGCAUCAGAGCAAUUCGGUAUA